AUGAAGAUCUCGAUCUCGUGCGACUGGGGUGGCACUAUCGCCCUCUACGAACUGAAGCGGGACGUGGGAUUGACGGAACACAUCGACAUCAUUUGUAAAGAGCUGAAGGCGCCCGACCCCUCUGCCAAUUAUGCCCUCUUCAACGAGACCAACAACACCUAUAUUAAACCUGAGAAUGUGACCAAUGUCAACUUCAAGCUGCCUGACGGCACCCCUCUCCGUCUGCGACUGAAGCCGGACCUCGUCGCCGCCGAUUCCAUCGAAAAGCUGACGAGCUCUGACCCAGAGGCCAAGCGCAAGGCCCUCACACAGAUGAAGAGCCGCCUCCAGGACAAGGACUUUGCUGUGGCGUUUCUGGAGCGAAACGGCAUCUCGGUGUUGAUCGCCUACGUGCAGGAGGUGUCGGGCAACAUACUGGGCUUCGCGCUGACGACGCUCGAGGCGCUGAUGCACCACCACGUCGGGUGGGAGAAGCUCGACGAGACCUUCCUCCAGAACAUCAUCCCGUUCAUCUCUUCGUCGAACUUGACCGCGUCGCGUCGGGCAAUCGAGAUCGUGUCGCAUCUGGUGAAGAGCCCCCAGCACGGCUUCGACGCCAUCGACAGGGCCAUCCGGGCCAACGCCACCAAGGAGACCAAGAAGCCCUACUUUGUGCUGGUGCGGCUGCUGGCCAGUACGGAUCUCAACGUCAAGCUGGCCGCGCUCACCCUCGUCGGCGAGCUCAUCAACUCCACACCGUCGGACCAGCACAAGAAGCAGUUCCUUCACCUCCUCGACGAUCUGGGCAUCAACAAGCUGCUCAAGGAGCAAGUCACGACGAUCCAGAACCAGAACUUCAAGGAGCAGCUCUACCUCUACCAGCGCGCCCGACUCUGGGAGCUGCAGCAGCUGAGCGACAUUGCCCACGACAAGGAGAAUGAGGAACACGAAAAGAUGCUCCUGAAGCUGUGGAGCCUCGUCUUCCCCGACACGGUCCUCGAGAGCCGAGUGUCCAAGCAAUGGAAGACGAUGGGCUUCCAGGGAACUGAUCCGGCGACAGAUCUUCGAGGCAUGGGCCUGCUGGGCCUGAGCAACCUGUUGUACAUGGCCGAGUUCCACAGCGAUAAGCUGCGCAAGAUCAUCGCCGUCCAGUCCGAGCGAAAAGACCACGACUACCCGGUCGCCGUCGCCGGCAUCAAUCUCACAAAGAUGCUCUAUGAGCUCCUUCACAUCGGAACGGAAGAUCCCACGAAACCCAUCUUCAACAUCUUCUUCGACCACGCGCACGCGUUCGAGGAGAUGUACUGCAUCGCAUUCCAGGUGCUCGACCACACGUGGGCCGACAUGAACGCGUCGUACAUGGACUGGAGCAACGUGAUUGCGGCUGUGAGGAAACAGAUCAGCGACGUGCUGGCGCAGAACCCGGCGACGAUCGAGAUGUUCCACCGGGUGGCGUCGUGGAAGCAGACGGGACUGCACGAGGAGGAGGACACCGCGGUCGAGGCCGGCGACCAGCCCGACCCGCUCAACAAGAUCCGCACCAAGGUGAGGAAGAACAUGACGGAUCUGGUCAAGAACCAGAAGCUGGGCUACCUGCGCGAGGGCUGCUCCUUCAAGGCCUACGGCCAGAAGCAGAAGGGCAACAAGAACGCGCAGCAGUACGUCUUCCUGCGAUUGCAUGACAGCAUGCAGCACCUCGGCUGGGCCAACACCAGCAGCCCCACCGAGAAGCCCACCGGCGAGCUGCCCAAUAUCGUGAAACAGGCCGACUUCAAGGGCGUGGUGGCGGGCGUCGAGUGCCCCGUGUUCCAGAAGAGGAAGCUGAAGCCCGAAGAUGAGGAGGCUGUGCCGUUGACCUUUGCGCUGUCGGUGGCCAGCGGCGAAUCGCUCACGUUCGUGUGCCAGACGCCGAUGGACUUCGUGAACUGGACCGACGGCCUGCGCGGGUGGAUCGGCGCCAAGAUGGAGUGUCCCGAGACGCUGGACGACAUCAAGGUGCUCGUGGAGACCGAGAUCGAGGUGAAGAUGCUAGACCUCGAAGGCAUCACCAUCCCCUCCAUCGCGCCCGUCGUACCGCCGCCGCCCUCCAACUACGACUUCUUCUACAAGGACAAGGAGGAGAUGACCAACCAGGCCGUCACCGAGACCAGGCGGAAGGGCAUCGCCCUGGGCAGGAGCCGACUCGGCGACGGACCCAGCGAGUAA